AUGAGGACAGGGGCUGAUGUGACCCUGUGUAACCGCAGCCAGGAGACAGCGCUCCACGUUGUCCCUCCUGAGCUCCAGGGGAAAGUGCUGGGGUGGAUGACGAGGCCCCAUCUGCCCCCCCAGGCCCGGCUGCUGCAGGCCUCCUGGCAGGGAGACAUGCACACCUUACAGCAGCUGCUGACAGACGGUUUGGAUGUGGACGUUCCAAACAGCGACAGUGUGACAGCGGUGAUGCUCGCUGUCAGGGACAUUGACCUAUUUCAGAGCAUCGUGACGCCGCUGCCUUGGGACCACAGACCUGUGGAGGUGGUGAGGACGCUGCUGGGACUCUCAGCUGAUCUGCAGGCACGAGACCAGAGUGGCUGCUCUGCACUCCACUACGCUGCAAGUAUCCACAGCCCCCUGAAGGAGGAGAUCAUUCAUAUGAUGGUUGAGAGCCUGCGUCACACAGAUGCUGCCCCCGUGUCACCGUUGGCCUCUGACGAAUCCUCAUACCAGGAUUUAGACUCAGAGUUUGAAGAUUCGGACAUAGAGCUGGACAUUGAGAGCCUUCAUCCUCAUCCGUCGACAGCAGCCUCCCCGACACCGACACACACCCUUCAGCAGCCCGGUCUACUGUACAGCCACGCCGGGGAAGUGCUGGAGUCUCCAGGGUGCCCUCCUCCGUCUGACAAUCAUAAAGAUCUCAGCCAAGAUAAGGGGAUCCCCCUGUGUUUCCAAAACGCCAUGGACACGCUGAGAGACAUCAGGCAAGCCUACCAGGACGCAGGGAGAGGAGGCAGCAGAGGAGGUUUGUCUCUGCCGAGCCUGAAUAACAGCAGCAGACGCUGGAGCCACGUAGAUCCUGCUGCCUCGUGUGGUUUGCUGAGUACCAGGACUCCCUGCAUCCCAGCCCCCCCUUCACCCAGGCAGAGGACCAGGAGUGUGGUUGCUGCAUGCCCAUCCUCCCCCGGCCUGCUGUCUGUGGCUGAGCCCAGCCAGCUCAGCCGGUCGGCCCCCAGCCUCAUGGAACCACUACUGUGUUCCAACACUAUGAUGCAGGCCAGGGCACACAUCCAGACCCGACUUGGUUCUCAAGAUACUGUUCAUGAACAAAAGGGUCCCUUUCCGGCUCUGAACCCUCGAACACCUAAGCUGUUGGCACCGCUGAGCAGCAGACCCAGGGACGGUGCAGCUCUGCCAGUACUGAAGCACCGUGUUCCCCUGAAGCCCAUCAGCCGGAGCCCCCUUUGCUCCAGGACCUGGCUGAGGAGAGAGCGGCUGUUCCGGGGCAGCCCACGCGCUGGGCCUACUACUAAGGGUGGCAGUGAGGAGAGCGGGUCCAGCAGCAGCCAGAGUUCUAUUGAUCUGGAGGAUGACGAGAGGGAUGUUCAGGAGAGAUCUUCAGAGGAGAGCAAUCUGAAGUUAGAUGAAGACACGGUGUUGCAGCUUUCGAAGGAUGUGAUCUCCACUCGGGCUGAUUUGGUUGAGGAGACCAGGCAGCAUUUUAAAGUUCAGUCGAGAAUCAGUCAGAUUCCAGUGAUCCACAGAUCAGCACAUAACAUGGAUGGGGACCCUAUCAACCGUGAAGGUGAUCUCCGCACUGAAAGAACAACAAACUCUUAUUGUGAAGGCGAAGCCCCAAAUAUGAUUUAUUCAAAGGAGCAUGUUUACAAUCAUAGCUUUACAAAAUCUAACUAUGCAAAACAAAGUGACACUGUGAACAAUACAAUCACAUCAGAGUCUGAGGAGAAGAACCAUGCAGGCGGAAGUUCAGACCCUGAGAGUGACAUUACCCGUGUACUUAUAUUUGAUAUGAAUGAUGAACAGGGGGAUGCUGCUGCAUGCUCUGGAGGAAAUCACAGAAAAGAAGUCCAGUAUUUAAAAAAGACAGAAGUGACAAUGAAGGAUUCCUCUGAUGAAGAAACCCAGGUAGUUCCUCAAAUCCUCUGUCGUGCUGAGCCUGCAGAGUUGAAUAUCAGCUCUGCUGUGGGGGAGGUGCAGCUCUUUACAGCAGGAGUAAACUGUCCGCUGUCAAAUGGGGAUUCCAAGACAGAUAAGAAGAUGCUGAAAGUCCUAAACGCUGCCCAGAGUAAGGAGACAACAACCGGCAUGACCCGUGAACAAAGAGCAAAUUAUCAAACAAACCAGUCCUUCAAUCUUCGAGCACAUAAAGAGCGAAGUAUCAUUAGUCGGCACAAGUCCAAAACUAAUAUGAAGGGCCCCUCCCUUUCCACACAAGUCAAGGAUAAAACCAGGAAAAGCCCCGAGCUAAUUAUUAGUGGAGAGGCCUCAGUCAAAGUAAAAUCAAAGCUAAACCCUGUGAAAGGUUCUCAUCGUUGCUCUGACACCCCAUCGCCACGAAAGAAGGUUAUUGACCAUCCACAGAGCAGAAGAGCAAAUCCGGACAAGUCAAACAUCAGCAGAGCUCAACCACCGGGGCGGGAGCUGAAGAGCACAAGGCAGCAGAAGAGACUCAGUGCAGCAGGGACUACAAGGUCUAAAUCUGCACUUGACUUCCUCACCUACAAAGACAUGUUUCAGCAGAUACAGAGCGGGGAAGGAGGGCCAGCCAUCUAUGAGAUGUUUGCUGGUCCUAUCUACGAGAACCUGAGGGUUUCCAGCUCCUGUGAAAAAACAAAGGACAGACAAGUGCAGUCUGCGCCAUGUAGGAAGGUGCAACAGUCCCAGAAAGUCAAACAGAGACCCUUGAAACAACCUAAAUUGAGGAGAAGCCCGGGAGAGAGUAUGGUGAUUUCAACUAAAAGCAAACCGAGACUCGCGUCCUCCAGGGUGAGACCUCACCUCGCAUCUCCAUCAAGGAAAGACAAUACGACUAAACUAGACACAAAGUUAGUUAUUUCUAAGCAUGGUGAGAUUUAUCACCCUAGUGCUCAAGAAAAGGCUGCAGAUCAUAUUUUAUCUACCAUAGUGGAGGCUCUUUCAAGAUAUGACACUGAAACUUUAAAACCUGACGACAAAACACUGACAAUGGCAACUUCAUCUCAUGCUAAAGAUAGCCAUACGUCCCUGUAUAUGCAAGAAAUCCCUAGGACUUCGACAAGAAACGAAAGCCGACUGGUUCCUCCGCCUGUGUUUCCUCAAAGCUCCCAGCAGUCGGAGAUCGACACAUGGGCCUCUUCUAGCAGCAGCAGCAACACUAUUGUGUCCCCAGUUUACCAGAAGUUUCUGGAUGAAGUCGGGGAUGGCCCGCUUACCGAUGACCUGCUGCAAUGUCUGGCUGAAGAGCUAAUCUCACUGGAUGAGAGGGAUGUCUCCUUAGACCCAUGUUCGGAAAACCUGGAAUCGAGCAAAGAAGAGUCGGUCAGAGAAGAUCUUGCAACAGGAAGAAAUGGGUUUCCCGAGGAUCUUUCAGCAGACUUUGCUGUGUUGCUUGGCUCUGGGGGGGCUGUUGAUGACACCAUCACAUGGACAAAGGGUGAAGUGCUUGGCCGAGGAGCCUAUGGGACAGUGUACUGUGGCCUGACCAGCCAGGGCAAGCUGAUAGCAGUGAAACAGGUCAGUCUGCACACGUCUGACCCUGAAGCGGCAAAGACAGAGUACGGUCGUCUGCAGGGCGAAGUGGAUCUGCUUAAGGCCCUCAGCCACAUCAACAUCGUGGGCUUCCUGGGAACCCGUCUUUAUCGGCACAUGGUUUCUAUCUUCAUGGAGUAUGUUCCAGGAGGAUCCAUCUCUAGCAUCCUUCACAGGUUUGGUCCUCUGCCCGAGCGAGUCCUAGCUCUGUACACCCAUCAGAUCCUGGAAGGGGUGGCCUACCUUCACCUGAACAGGGUGGUUCAUCGGGACUUAAAGGGAAACAAUGUCAUGCUGAUGCCCACUGGCGUCAUCAAGCUCAUAGACUUUGGGUGUGCCCGACGUCUCAGCUGCCUGAACCACACCGCAAGUAGUAGUGGGGACCUGCUAAAGUCCGUCCAUGGCACACCUUACUGGAUGGCACCAGAGGUUAUCAAUGAUACCGGAUACGGCAGGAAGUCCGAUAUAUGGAGUGUCGGCUGCACAGUGUUUGAGAUGGCCACAGGGAAACCACCACUGGCACACAUGGACAAGAUGGCUGCCUUGUUUUACAUUGGAGCUGAAAGGGGAUCGAUGCCUUCUUUACCGGAUGGGUUCUCGGAUAAUGCAAAGGAUUUCGUAAAAAACAGCUUGACAAGUGACCAGAGACUACGGCCGUCUGCAGACGAGCUCCUGACGCAUCCAUUCAUCCCCAAAAAUGAGACUGAAGUGAACUCUUGGGAUAAACAGAAAAAGAACUGCUGUGGUCACACACAGGGACACUGUGGUUAACAAGGAGUUACAGUAAAACAAAACAUAGCUCAGCGGGACAGUUGUUUGUGUAAUUUAGGUUGAAGAAUCAGGACACUUGAAGUUUUGUUGUGAUCCUUGAAGGGCAUGUCACCUAUCCCUGCUGACUCGGCAGUAGUCCGGGUUUGGGAGCAUGAGGCGAUGUCCCAUGUGGACAUUACAUUCUUAAGAUGAAUUUUAAAUGGACCUACACAAGAAGCACAUUCAGUCAUUUCACUUGGUAGAUUGAUAGAACCUGUAAAAUGGAAAUAGAUGACAAUUUACUUAUAGACUUUGGGUUUUCUUAAGCAAUCUUAUGAAUGUGCCAAUCUAAUAAAUACCAUAAAUUUAUGUUAUAUACAUUUAACUCAAGAUUCUGGCAUAUUUAGGUUCUUGUAGAAUCUAACCAUUACUGCAGGAUCUGUUGCAUUAUAAACCAAUUUCCAUAAAAUUCAUUUGACAGUGUUUACUAGCACCUCUGAUAACUUUCCUCUGAUGAGUUUUUAGGGCUUGUGGCAAGAACCAUAAGCUACUGUACAGGCAUUGGUCCUCAUGUUGAAAUUCACAAAUCUUUACAUUAUAGCAACAUAGAUAUAUAUACAUAUGUGCAAUAAAAUGACAGCAACAACAAGAUUAUAUACUGUAAGGAUAACAGCAAGUUUAAAGUUUAUUUGUAAUACUGAAUUGAAAUGAAAAAAGGAUGUUAAGAGUGGCAUAUGCGCAUUUGUCCACAACUGUUGUUCUGUGUGCCCAACUGUAAAAUCCCUAAUGAAGGUAGAAAACAAUCCAGCCUUAGCCUUGUUAGUCUUUACGUGCGCUCUACAAGUAAAUGAGUAACCGAGUCAGAAACAAGAGGAGACUGGAUCAUGUCAAGAUUUUAGAGUAGAGCUCAAGGUAUAAAACUGAUGUAAAGACAUGUCCGGAAAGGUACGUGGCUAUAAUAUAUUCAACCACCUGGAUGAGGAUGUCAGCGACAAAAAAAAAAAACAUGUCCAUAUUGCAGAAACUUGGAUCCAAGCUUUCUUGCAUAUGGCCAAUCAGUCACUGUUCUGGAAUGGAAAGAACCAUGAUUUGUUUUUUUCUCUCCUAACAAGUACAGUAAAUGGCUGAUUGAAUGAUACAAGUAUCCCUUGUAUGCACUCACAUCUAAGGGGCUACAGCCUCAUGUCAUGGAAUUAUGUCUGAUGCACUUCAAAAUAAAAAGGAUUAUGUAAACUAUAA